CUUUAAUUGGAAGCUUCCCAAGUGCGACUACUAGACAAUUUACACAACAAAGGCUCUAUUCCAUAUGUGAUCAGGUUGAUUUUAUGUCUAUACCUCAUUGACAAGAGCCGAAGUCCCUUCAAUUCAACCGAAGCUAUUCGCAAUGGGCGGCCUAAACCUAGAAGUUUUCAAGUUCGGCAUGUACGUCAUGUUCCCGAUCGGCAUCAUGUAUUAUUUCGGCACGAACCUCGACGAGCGCUUUGCCGUCCCCGAAUUUUGGCCCAAGGCCGAGCAGGCGAACAAGGUACCCAUGGACCGAGACGAGAUCCACGCUGAACUGCAGCGAUUGCGCGCGCGACGGCUGUAUCUCAGGGACAAGAGGCUCGAGAAUGAGGCGCGGCAGGCGCCACAGCCUGGGAGCGAGGAGCAGGAGUAGCCGUGUCAGACAAGACUCUAGGCCUUCAACAUAGGCAAUGAAGGGAAAUAUAUGUAUGAUGCAUUGGCUUCGACGGCGUUUAGGUGGAUGGGAUUGGAACAUGAUCACGCGACCAUUACAUGCUUUGGACUUUGGACUUGACUCGAGCACUAGGCGACAAGGCCAGUCUCUCCACUCCUCGUAAAGACGGAAAUCAAAUGGGGACUGUUGCACGA